CACUCCAUCGAGAUCGACUUCCUCUGUUCAACUUUCGGCCCACACCCCUGCAACUUCCAGCCAACACCUCUGAUACGUUUUCUUCGUCGAUCCGGCCAUCGUGAACAGAUUUAACCUAUUGUUUACACAUCUAUCGAUACAGCAGAUGCAACAGACAAGUUAUUCAAGUAAAAGUUGAAUAGAACAAAUAAGCAUCAUUGAUAGACCUUAAACAAAAAAGAGAGGAGGCGCAUAUCUUCCGGAUGGAUUCAGCCAACGGGGACAAGCCUCUGAGAAAGAUUUCAGAAGCUUUCAAGGACAUCGCCAACUGUAUUAACUCCCAAAACCCUCAACAACUGGAGCUCGCCCCUUUCUCUCAAGCUUGUUCUCUUGUUUCCCCUCUCUUCCGAUGCCUUGGUAUUGCAUUCAAGUUCGCCGAAAUGGACUAUGUUGCCAAGGUGAACGAUCUCUGUGAGACUUCGAAGUCAAUAUCGACCUUGCAAUUGAUGAUGGAAAGGGAUAUUGAAGAAAAUUGUGUGAGGAAGCCUGGCAGUCACACGAGGAAUCUUUUGAGGGUGAAGCGCGGUUUGGAUAUGGUUAGAGUGCUGUUUGAGCAGAUUAUAACAUCAGAGGACAAUUCUCUAAAGAAUCCAGCAUCAAAAGCUUAUGCAGAAGUAUUUUCUCCAUAUCAUGGAUGGGCUAUAAGAAAAGCUGUUGCUGCAGGAAUGUAUGCCCUUCCCACAAAAGCACAGCUGUUGCAAAAGCUUAAUGAAGAUGAAGUAUCUGCGAAGUCUGAGAUGCAAAAUUAUGUUACCGCAUCCACUCUGGUCGUUUUGUACAUCGACAAGCUUUUCCUGUCAAGAGAACUGGGCACAGACUGGUGAAUGGUUGAGUCACUCGAUUAUAAUCCACUUCUACUAAUUUAAUCCUAUCCUCUGCUUAACUUUUUGUAUAUCUUUCUCUGAUGUCAUUCAACAAUUCUUAAGUCGAAAUUGGCACCUGUUUCUUUUCUUGAGAUCACAUUCAUUGCUUACAAGGAUUCAUC